UGGCCGAAUGAAGAGGAGCGAGGUUUUCGAAAAUUAGAAACUUUUGCGCUUUCCUCUCAAAAACUACGGCCUUCUUACGAAUCUGCCGCAGAAAAGGCGAGAAUGUUAAGAAGGCUUUUACGCAGACAUGUUUUUACGUUCAUGAACCGUAAUUUAACUGUCAAAAUGUCAUUUAAAAGUCGCUUUAAUGCAAGUGCGUAUAUUUUUGUACGUUUUCAACAUGAACAAGCAAAUUUGAGCGAAAAUAGAUCGGGCAAUGCCGCAGAAAAACAUGAAGAAGCUGGCAAGGAGCUCACUAAAUCUAUACCGAAGCAGGUGAAUCGAUUUCCAUUGAAGCAUUUGACAAAAUCGGCUCAAAUUUUUGAAAAAUUAGCAGUUAGCUCUCCUGACGAACAAGGCUUCUGUGAUGCAAUAGAGACUUUCAAAAAACGCGAUGUCAAACGAAUUAAGGCUAUGGAUUUUAUAAAAACAGCAAUGACAUAUAUGGAGCCAUUUGGUGUUGCAAAAAAUGUCGAGAGUUAUAAUCAACUGCUGGAUCUCUUUCCUAAAGGACGAUACCAUUAUAGGACUGUGUUUGAUACAUUGUGGACACGCUAUCGUCCACAGAUUGACUGCGCUGUACAAGUUUUAACAAAGUUGGAGGAAAAUCGACUUCGGCCAAACGUGCAUACUUAUGACAUAGUGGAAGCUGUGUUUGGUAAUGAUAGUAUACCUUUGAACAAGUUGAGACGUAUUGUAUUCUGGUUUGACAAGUUUGACGAGAUGUACCCAGACCCAUUGCCAAAGGAACUGCCGAGUGAUAGAGAGGAUUUGUUCAUGGUCGCAAUCAAUCGCAUGGUUAAUGAAAAUAUGGAUGUUGAGGUCACAUCUUUCAAGAACCAAGAUGGGAAAAAGAUGGAAAUUAUUGGUGCUCAGAACAAGUAUCUCUCAAAUUUUCUUUUGGAAUAUGACUUUGCAAAGCCAGUUUUUGUUGAGGGUCCUCAAAUGACAUGGUUACGGAAAACUAAGAUCUUUUAUUACGUUCUGAAAGCUGAUAUCAACCCAAGUGUAGUUGAUGAAGAUCGUAUUCUUGCGUUGUGUAUACUUGGUGACAAUGAAGGUGAAGAUGAACUAAAAAUAUGGAUAAAAGAAUUACAGAAAGACUUUCCAAGACUUGCUGAACUUAAUAUUAUAUUUAAUGUGAAUAUAAAUAACAAACUUUAAGUUUGAAAUUGUAUUUUUUAUAUGUCAGACAAUAAUAACUUGAUUAUAGAUGUUCAAA